CUAAGGCAGGAAGAUGGUGGCCGCAAAGAAGACGAAAAAGUCUCUGGAGUCGAUCAACUGUAGGCUCCAGCUUGUUAUGAAAAGUGGAAAGUAUAUGCUGGGGUACAAACAGACUCUGAAGAUGAUCAGACAGGGCAAAGCAAAAUUGGUCAUCCUCGCCAACAACUAUCCAGCUUUAAGGAAAUCUGAAAUAAAGUACUAUGCCAUGUUGGCCAAAACUGGUGUCCACCACUACAGUGGCAAUAAUAUCGAAUUGGGCACAGCAUGUGGAAAAUACUACAGAGUGUGCACACUGUCUGUCAUUGAUCCAGGUCAUUCUGAUAUCAUUAGAAGCAUGCCAGAACAGACUGGUGAAAAGUAA